AAUUGAAAAUUAUAAAACCAUAAACUUCUCGAUUACAUCCUGAGAAAGCUGCUGUGUGCGUAAUUUUGUAAGUGCGUCAAACUGUGGUUAAAAACGGAAACAAAGUUCCGUUUUGCAAACGGAAAUGUAGCCUACAGAUGUUUAGAUAAAUGUUAUUUUAAUUUCCCUUUUCAUUUGAGAAGAUACGAGUAUUAGCAGCACAUACUUCCACAUUUCUAUCCUCUUGGACUGACAUGAUGACCCUGCUGAUGCUUCUGCUGAUUCUGAUUGUAGAUGAUUCUGCAGUGGGAAAAACGAUGAAAUCUAAUGAGAUCGGCUUUGACAGGAUGUACUUUUAUCAUGUAACUGUUCUAAUGAGUCUGACGAGCUGGUAUGGCAGAAAGGCAUGAGAGUAGUGAACAUUUAUCCACCUGCUAUGCCAUUGUCAGUGUUACUGAAAACAUUGGGUCAUAUAGGACAUCAGAAGUUAUUCUAACAGUCGUAGAUGGUUCUGCAGUGGCACAAAUGAAGAAGACUGGAUUCAUUGGACAGGAUGUACUUUUAUCAUGUAACUGUUCUAAUGACCUUAAUGAGCUGGUAUGGCAGAAAGAUGAGACAAUAGUAAACUUUCAUCUAACUGACAAAAGCCUUAUAAAUGAUUCCUACAAGAACAGAACACAACUCUUCCUAAACAAUGAGAAAAGAAACUGCUCCCUGCUGAUCCGCAACAUCUCUUCAGAGGAUGCAGGAGUGUACAUCUGUCAUGCCCUGGCCAGUCUUAGAACCGGUGUCUGGUCAAGGAAGACGUCAGAAGUUUUUCUAACAGUUGUAGAUGGUUCUGCAGUGGCACAAAUGAAGAAGACUGGAUUCACUGGACAGGAUGUACUUUUAUCAUGUAACUGUUCUAAUGAGCAUGAUGAGCUGGUAUGGCAGAAAGAUGAGAGAAUAGUGAACGCUCAUUCAGAAGACAAAACCAACAUAGAUGAUUCCUACAAGGAUAGGACACAACUCUUCCUAAACAAUGAGAAAAGAAACUGCUCCCUGCUGAUCCGCAACAUCUCUUCAGAGGAUGCAGGAGUGUACACCUGUCAUGCCCUGGUCAAGGAUCAGAAAAAAAUGUGGGCAAGGAAGUCAUCAGAAGUUAUUCUAACAGUGUCUACUUAUGUUCCCCUGAUCGAACUGUGUCUGAGCCCUUAGGAGUCACCACAACACAUCUUCCAGAAGUGGACCAAGGAGUCCACAGACUUCGCAUAUGUUCAGUCAAAUAAAUAAAUUAAUUAAGCUUUUAUGUUAUAU